GUAUCGCUUCGAACGUUCAGAACAUUCGAUGGUGCAUCGGAUUCCCGACGGACGGCUAUUCGCUCGCAUCUGGAACAGCGCCUCCGUCGUCGACACGUCGUAGUCGCAGUCGAGCCCGGAACAGGAACAACAUCCCUGCCGCGUGUCAGGACUUUCGAAAUUUUUGCCGACCGUACAGAGUACAAAGCUUGCUUUCCCAGCGCCUGAUCGUUGCGGUGCUUUUCUCUUGAUUCAAUUUAUUCCACGUAAAUUAAGUGAUAUUUUAGAGAGUAAGAAAGGACCCAGUCAAGUGUGCGCGGGAGACGGAGGCGCGAAGUAGUGUAAAGAUCGGGAAAUUAAUUAACGGAAAAUGGUUGAAUGAGCAACGAUCACGAAAGUUGAUACCGCACAAAGCGAGCGAAAUUAAACCAGUUUCGAAUUUUAUUUUGUAUCGGGGUGAUAUUAAUCUUCUACAAUGUUAAAACCCGCGGGCCCAAAAGCGAUGGGCCUGGGGAAACGGAUUAUGCGUGCGGUACGACCCGGUCGAAAGUCGGUUUCAUCCUGGGUGCUAGUGAUAGUGCUUGGUGUGUUGCAGUUAGUUGAUCCUUCGGAUGCAGUGGUUUGUAACCGAACGGCUUGUGACUGCAAAGGCCUCAAAGGAGCGCUCGGUCAAAUUGGACCCCAUGGUGUUCCCGGAGCAGCCGGCUUACCCGGAGAUUUCGGCCCCGACGGUCCACCAGGUUACUUAGGCGACAGAGGCCCACGUGGCGAAUAUGGCCCCAUGGGAGAGACGGGCUACAGAGGGGACUCCGGCGAGCGAGGACCAGUUGGAUAUCCAGGCAUUCCAGGUUUGCCCGGUGAUGAUGGACCUCGAGGUCCUCGAGGUAUUGAUGGGUGCAACGGAACCGAUGGUGCUAUGGGUAUUCCUGGGUUGCCUGGUUGGCCUGGAGAUCGUGGUCAACCAGGAUUGCAAGGACCUGCAGGUUUUCGUGGUGAUUCUGGCGAAGGUGGUAUCAAUUCUAAGGGAACAAAAGGAGCAAUGGGAGAGCCUGGAAUUCCGGGUCCAAAAGGCCCUCUUGGUUUCAAAGGACCCCUUGGACUUCGAGGAUAUGAUGGAGAUAACGGAAUCGAUGGAGGUACUGGUUACAAAGGAGAUUUAGGAGACGUAGGCGAAACAUCAAUUGCAUUUUGCCCUGGAGAACCAGGUGAACUCGGUGAGCCUUAUCACUAUUUUUCCAGUAAAAAUUCUUCGGUGUUACAUGGUAUCAAGGGUGUAAGAGGCGAUCGUGGAAUGGAUGGUCUCAAUGGAUUGCCAGGAAGAAAAGGUGAAGCUGGACCAUACGGAGAACGAGGUUUAAAAGGUUUCAAAGGUGAAGAAGGCAAUGUUGGAGAUCGUGGAAAACAAGGUAAAGAUGGUCCACCGGGUCCUGCAGGAGAUAAGGGAGAAAAAGGUGCUCCUGGGUAUGCUGGAUGGGAUGGAGAAGUCGGAGAUAAAGGUGAACUAGGAGACGAAGGUAUCUCUGGUAUUCCAGGACCACAGGGUGUAAGGGGCCCACCUGGAGUGUACGAUCCUACUCUAGCACCUAUCAUUGUUGGUCCUGUAGGGCCACAGGGAGAUGUUGGACCACAUGGAAAUCAAGGAUUAGCUGGCAUACCAGGUGAUCCUGGUAAGCGGGGAAUGAUGGGAAUCCAAGGGCCUUCGGGUGAUCCAGGUAUAGAAGGAGCACGUGGAAAAACAGGCUCCACGAUAACAGGGCAACGAGGUGAUGAUGGUGAAAGUGGGCCUCGCGGUUUAGCUGGAAUUAGAGGCAUUUCAGGUCCACCGGGACCUACAGGUCCAAAGGGUUACCCAGGAAGAAACCUUCAAGGAGAGAAAGGUGAACCGGGCUUACCGGGUCUUAACGGCGAAUUCGGAGAAAAGGGAGAACAAGGUGAACUUGGCGAAACAGGAGACAAAGGUUUACCAGGAAUUGGUUACAACAUAACUGGACCACCUGGACCCGAUGGCAUUCCCGGAUUGCCAGGACCUGUAGGAGAUGCUGGAUGGAACGAAUUUGCCGGACAAAAAGGAGACAAAGGCUUCCGCGGUGAAGAUUGUGGUGUUUGUUCUCCAGGCCCCCGUGGACUGAAAGGUGAUGGUGGUGAUAUCGGACGUCCUGGCUGGGAAGGCUUUGAUGGAAAUCGAGGUCUACCUGGUCCCAGAGGACCGAAAGGAGCCGCUGGAAAAGUUGGAAUAAAAGGAAUUCAAGGAUUGAAGGGUAAUGACGGUGAGGACGGUGAACCUGGAUGGCGUGGCGCAAAAGGUCAAAAAGGAAUUAGGCAUAUCAUUGGCAGCAUUGUCAAAAUAUUCGGCGACAAAGGUGAAAAGGGUACUCGAGGUGAUCAAGGAGAAAAAGGAGAUACAGGACUUUAUGGAUAUCCUGGAUUUAUGGGUGAACCUGGCGAGCCUGGUGAGCUUGGUGAUGAUGGAAAUCCUGGCUAUAGAGGACGUGAUGGUGCGCCAGGGUUGCCCGGUCGUGACGGUGUCCAUGGCAGAGAUGCUGUGUUCAAUCAAUACACCGUGUGGUCUUUGCGAGGUACUCCAGGAGGACCAGGUGACAGAGGGGUAAAAGGUGAACCAGGUGACCAAGGAAACCGCGGAGAACCGGGUGCUGAGGCAGAAUUCUAUGCAGAAGCUGGUGAUAAGGGUGUUCGAGGAGAACCAGGAGACGAAGGAUUCCAAGGCGAAAAAGGUUACAGAGGAGAAAUUGGCGAAGAAGGCUCACGUGGAUUCGAUGGGUUACCUGGUUUCCAGGGUGAUACCAUUCAAGGCCAAAUGGGUUACAAAGGUUACUUUGGUAUGCCUGGCGACCAUGGCUUGCAAGGUGAGGAAGGUAAACCUGGUAUGCCUGGCGUUGAUGGUCCUGCUGGGUUACCUGGUUUGAAAGGUCAACGUGGUGAUCCGGGAAGAGCUGUCUUAUUUGGAGAAAUGGGAGAAGAAGGUGAAGCCGGCUAUUUCGGAGAAUUUGGCGAUAAAGGUUACAGAGGACCAGAUGGAUAUCGAGGAUCACCAGGCAUAGUUGGACCCAAAGGCGAAAAGGGUAAUGAUGGAUUAGUAGGACGAGUUGGUCUACCUGGUAACAAAGGUAUGUUCGGUGACGUAAUUUAUGGAGAUAGAGGGGCACCAGGAGCUCCUGGAACUCCAGGAAGCUCUGCUCCUUAUGGAGAUAAAGGCGAGCGUGGUGAAUCUGGAAAUGAAGGUCCACAAGGCCCUAAGGGAGAAGUAGGUGAUAUUGGCCGAGAUGGACUUCCAGGAUACUCCGGUGACGAUGGAGAGCCAGGUGACUUUGGUCAACGUGGACUUAACGGGUAUAUGGGUGAAGAAGGAUUCCAAGGUGAACGCGGUGAAAUCGGAGACCAAGGUAAUCCCGGUAUUACCGGUCGUCGAGGUUACCCAGGUGUGAGAGGAGAAAAGGGUGAAUUUGGUGAUGAUGGUGAUAUUGGCUUCGCUGGUAGACCUGGUCGUAAUGGUACUAAAGGUGGACGAGGUGACUUGGGAUUGCCUGGAGAAAGAGGGCUCAAAGGUGCCCCAUCAUUUAGUGGAUUAAAAGGAGAUGUUGGUAUAUAUGGUUUACAUGGACCACCCGGCUUAGAUGGGGCUGUAGGAUUGCCUGGAUUGAAGGGUGAAGAAGGAGCGGCUGGCGUAGUAAUUGAUGGUUAUCCCGGCUUAAAAGGUCCAAAAGGAGCUCCAGGAUAUAAUGGGUUACCUGGAAGGCCUGGCUCGAAGGGUGAACGAGGUGACGAAGGCACUCUGGGACAAAAAGGUAUCCAAGGUGAUAAAGGACGAGAUGGAUUCGCAGGAAUCCCUGGCAGACGAGGUAAAGAUGGUCCUCGAGGAUUGCCAGGACCUCGAGGUCUGUUUGGAAGCAGAGGUGAACAAGGUGAAGAAGGAGAAGUAGGAUAUUUUGGAUUCGUUGGUGAAAAGGGAGAGCGUGGAGACGUUGGGCGGAUUGGUUCAUCUGGAUUGCAAGGUCUUCAAGGAGAGCAAGGUUAUCCAGGUUUACCUGGAGAGCUGUUUUAUAAAACACCGGAAAAAGGAGAUCGAGGUGAAACAGGAUAUGUUGGAUUGGAAGGUAUGCCGGGCUUCCCUGGUCUUAAAGGUCGCCAGGGUUACCCAGGUGAGAAAGGAGAUCCAGGUCUACAAGGUGAGCCAGGUUUUGCUGGUAGGAAUGGUUUGGAUGGUCUCAAAGGACAACAAGGAGAACUGGGUUACAAAGGACCGAGAGGCACGUUGGUUACUCCUCCAGAAAAGGGUGAUCAAGGUGACUCUGGCUAUGAUGGAUUCCCAGGGCGCUUUGGAAUCCGAGGAAGUAAAGGGGCUCCCGGCGAUUAUGGAGACGAUGGUCCACCAGGUCCAAGAGGCAUGAUUGGAUUUGUGAGUGGUUCAUUCAAAGGCCGUAAAGGAGAAAUUGGCUUUGAAGGUGCGCCUGGUAUGGAUGGUUUACUUGGGUUACCUGGACCACCAGGCCCCUUAGGAUCUCCAGGUGAUAAGGGAUUACCUGGAAGCAUUGGUCUGUCUAUACGUGGAAUUAAAGGAGAACAAGGAGAAGAUGGAUUGAUUGGUCUUGAUGGCAUGCCCGGUCCACAAGGUUUCAUUGGAGAUGUUGGUCCGUUGGGACGUCCAGGUCUCCGUGGUUUACCCGGAAUUAAAGGAGAAUUUGGAGAAAUAGGAGAAGAAGGUUAUUUUGGCCGACUAGGGCUUAAAGGCGUAAAAGGAGAACGAGGAGAUCCUAUUGUACUUGAUAACUGGAGGCCAAACCAACCCGGUGACCGUGGUGCAUCAGGUAAUAAAGGUACUCCUGGUGAUGAAGGUGAUAUGGGACCUCUAGGAUAUCCAGGGCUGAUUGGUCUUAAGGGAGAAAGAGGUCUACAAGGUGCUGUCGGUGAAGAGGGGCAAAUCGGAUUCAAAGGAGAAGCGGGAUUCCAAGGGGCUCCAGGUCGCGACGGUCUGGAUGGUUUUCCGGGAUCGCGUGGAGAAUAUGGUGACCCUGCUCCACCCCCACCACCAGCAAAGAGCCGAGGAUAUAUAUUUACUAAGCAUUCACAGUCGGUGCAUAUUCCGGAGUGCCCUCUAAAUACUGCUAAAUUAUGGGACGGCUACUCUCUGGUUAGUGUUAUCGGAAGCAGUAGAACUGUGGGGCAGGAUUUGGGAUCGGCUGGGUCGUGUUUGCGGAAGUUCAGCACUAUGCCGUAUAUGUUCUGCGACGUAAACAAUGUGUGUAACUACGCAGCGAACAAUGAUGACAGUAUAUGGUUGGCGUCUCCCGAACCCAUGCCAAUGUCUAUGGCACCGAUGAAAGCCCGCGAAGUCGAAAAAUAUAUUUCGAGAUGUGCUGUUUGUGAGACAACAACUCGAGUGAUUUCAAUUCACAGUCAAACGAUGGCUAUUCCAGAUUGUCCAGGAGGCUGGGAAGAAUUGUGGAUAGGUUACAGCUAUGUGAUGCACACAACUGAUAAUAGCGGUGGCUUCGGUAUGGAUUUGACUUCUCCAGGAUCAUGUCUGGAGGAGUUCCGUGCGCAACCGGUGAUCGAAUGUCACGGUCAUGGAACGUGCAACUUCUAUGACGGAAUCACAUCAUUCUGGUUGACGAUUAUUGAAAAUGGAGAAGAAUUCAACCAGCCGAAACAGCGAACGCUCAAGGCUGAUCAAACCAGCAUGAUAAGCCGGUGCAUCGUUUGCCGCCGAAAGGCCGGAUUCUUACGAGUGCUUUCGGAAGGUUCAAUCGGAGCAUCUGCUCUACGGCGUCCGGAUAUCGCCACGGUUCCGAAGCCUUAUUAUCCACCUCCUCCUCCAGCGCAACCACCCAGACGACGAGUGAGACCAGGAGGCCGUUUGCGAAACCGACAUCAGGGCUAGAUUGUUUUCUAUAAAUUUAGUCACUAGAGAAGAACUUUACGUCAAUAGCUAUCAACAACGAAUUUAGUGCUGUUAUUUGUGCCAUUGUUGUUCGUCUCGAUCGCAUCUACUGCCUCAUAGCAAAUUUCAUUGGUUUGCUCAACAAAUACUACCAGCACAACAGCGAUAUUUAUGAAAUUUUAACGAAUAGCACUACCCUUUAACACCCGAAACUAUUAAUGUCUACGUAAUAAUAUGAACUAUGCUAAGAUAAUGCGAUACCAAAAAUAAAGGGGAAAAAGUACGUUUUCAGGUUAAGUCACUUUGCUAAAAUGCUUAAGUUAACCCGUUAAAUUAGUUUCAUUGUACAUUUUGUUAUUGAACUGCCAAAAGUGUAUUUAACGUUAAGGUAUACUCAUCCGCCAACUUUCCAAGUGACUUUUGAUCAUUCUUUACUCUUUAGUGUAUACAGCACCAAUUUACCAGUUCACUGGGAAGUUCGUUCUUUAGCAGCAGUAAACGAUUGAAGUGUAAAUGUGAGAUAUACGAAUAAAUUUUCGAAACUAA